AAAAACAAAAAACAUUGAACGCGUCCCUGCCAUUCCGAGCACCAGCUUCCGCGUCUUCGAGCUUCGAACUCCUAAAACAACAAUGAGUGAGUCACUGACAGUGUGCGAUGUGGACGAAGAUCUGGUCCAGAAGUUGAAGAAGUUCCGUCUCCGCAAGGAGACCAACAACGCGGCCAUCGUUAUGAAGAUCGAUAAAGACAAACAGCUUGUGAUCCUUGAAGAAGAACACGAGGACAUUUCUCCCGACGACCUGAAAGACGAGCUCCCGGAGAGACAGCCCCGAUUUGUGGUGUACAGUUACAAAUACCAGCACGAUGACGGACGAGUGUCCUAUCCUCUUUGCUUCAUCUUCUCUAGCCCCGUGGGUUGCAGACCGGAGCAGCAGAUGAUGUACGCGGGCAGUAAAAACAAGCUGGUGCAUACUGCUGAAAUGACCAAGGUGUUUGAGAUCCGGAACACAGAGGACCUGACGGAGGAAUGGCUGCGGGAGAAACUUAGCUUCUUCCGCUAAUUACCAUCAGAAGGUUCACCAGCGCUGUUCUCUUUUUGAACACCGACCCGAUUUAAAUAGUGUUUACUACUUCCUGUCUUGUUUUAGGCUUCUCACUGGUUAAAAUGUUCAGGAGGGUUAUGGUACUGCCGCCAAGCACCAGGUCUGAUUCCAUCAUCCCCCAUUUGUCGUCUUUGUGGACCAACCUCUUCCUCGCUUCCCGAGUGUUUCAUUUUGGGAGCAUUUCCACAGGAUCCGGAAUUUGUGAAUUUACACUUUUUAUUGUCAUUCCUCUUAAUUUUAGUUCUGGUCUAGUUUUGUCUUAGUUUUCAAGUACUGUACUUCAUUUUUUUUUUUGUGGGAAAACAAACAUUCAUUUCCAGAAUGUGAAAUUCAGCUCGUGUUGAAGAUGAAUUUGAGGGCAUUUAAAUCAUUGUCAAGGACAAUAAGGCACAUAGGACUUCACUAUGGUUAAGUUUCCAUUUCAGAUGGCAAAUUCUCGUUUUAUUUUUUUUGUUAAUCUGAGUAUACAGAAGGUCGUUGGUUUACGAUGGAGUUCUGUUCCUAGGUCAGCGGCGUGACCUGAAUUUGUACGUUAGUCGGAACGCAUGUAUUCUAUCACUAGGGUAAUGUAAUGCAGUAAUUCAAGUCAGAAUCGCAGUAAAUAUUUGUAUAAAUAUAUAUAAAUAGUUGGAACCGUCUUAAACCGAGGACCACCUGUAAAUUCUUUUGUCAUCUUUAAAGAGGACAUAUGCUUUAUUAACAAUCUAAAUCAGCUCCCAGGUAUCAUUAUGACAUUUCUGUGUCGUGCUUUUUUUUGGGUCAAAAUUCCCCAAGGAUCAAGAAUUACAGCAAUGCUAAUCUGCGCGUGCAACAUCAGUGUCGUUCUUCUUAGCGUUUUACUUUGAAUUGACAUGAUUUCGGUGUAGUUCGGCCGUCGCUUGAAAGUGACGGAUCUUAGCCUAGUCUAGCGUUCAAGUCAUGGGUAGAGGACCUUGGUGUGGGGGCAGGGUUAUUUACAAAAACUGCCCUGUGACGUCACAAUCUGUCGAAAUGCUGAAGUGCUCGCUUACAGACACAUUUUCAGAAAUAGGCAGCUCACAAAAAAAAAAAAAAACAAUUAAAUGAAUAAUUUCACACUUGAUGAGGAUACAAUUUUCUAUACAAGUUCAUUUUCAUAAUAAGUCCACUUUAAAUGAGAUAUAGACUUUUUGUAGGGGAAAAGCAGGGUUAAGUGGACACUUAAUUGAUACCCGGAAGAAACUGUUGGUAUGCCAAACAUGUUGUCCUCUUUUGUGCCCUUGAUUGUUCAUCUCAAAACAUUCCAAACUGGACAAUUUACACACAGAUUAGCCGUGACACUCUUGAACGCUGCAUAGUUCUUAUUCUUAAUACCGCGCAUUACAGGUAUUAUUUUUUUUUUUAACAACUUCUGAUCGCUAGUCGUGUUGAUGAAUGUCGUGCGCAAAGUGAAUGCGUCAUAUACUUUUGAAAGACACCAAUCGGGAGUGUUUCAUUAGGACAAUUAACAAGCUGUCAUUUUCUAUACUAUUUUAAAAGGGGUGGGGAGUUUCUCUGAAUGUUCUGAACUCCUGAUUCGGGGUUAUAGGCUAUAGCUCCACUUCCCUUAAUUAGCGUCAUCACGGGUUUCUAUGGAUAGCAAAAAGUAGUUGCGAGCCUCAGCUGAUUCAAGACAUCAUUAUGCCAACAAUUAAAUUUGUAGGAAUUCUUUUUUUUUUUUUUUAAAGGAAUUUAUUAUUUCACGCUUUUGGUGUAUUGAAUGUGACAGAAGCUUUGAUAUUUGUGCCAGUUACCUUUAUAAAAAAAAAAAAAAUCUAUAGUUGUGCUUGUCUUGAGUCGUUCAGUCUUUUUGGGCUGUAAACUAAAUAUUGACUUUCAUGAGGUACAAGUGCCAGUGUAGAUGCAAAAGCAAAUGAUAUUAAUUCCAAACUUGGAGGCAGUGGCCCUUUUAACACAUUAUAAUAAAAUAUUUGAAAUGUUUGACAAUUUAACAUUAAUGAAUUAACCGCCCCCGUGUCUACAGUUUGUGUGUCAGCAGGCUAUGGAAGCCGCCAAGAGGGGGAAAAAAAUAAGUUUUCGCUUUUUUGAAGACAAAAAAACAAGAAAUUGAUGUGACCCAAAGAAAACGAUUAAAUCGAUUCAUCGCCAAGCAAGUAGGGGUUUUGUUACCAUGACGAACUGGAGCGGCCCUAUGGGGGUUCCUAUGAGAGAGUAAAGACCAAAAAAAGAAAAAUAGGAUUGUAUUUUCACUUGUAGAGGCAGCACUUCGUCACCAAGCCGUCGUAUCAGUGAAGCGGAUGCGUGCAUGUGGCAUAUCCGGCAGACAUAUCGCCAAACAGUAAUAUCCCAAUUAAUCAUCGCCUGCCACCGUGGGGGACCGAGGUUCAAGACCCCAACUGGACCAUCCGCCAACAUCCCCCGAACUCACGGCUGUGGUGUCCUUGAGCAAGACACUUGAUACCCCGAAAUGCUCCCCGGGCGCUUCAGCUGCCCCCUGCUCCAGUGUGUUCCAAUAACGUGUAUGUGUUCACUGUGAUGGGUAAAAUGCAGAGAACAAAUUUCAUGUGCAUGCAUGCAUGGUCAUGACAAUAAGUGAUUCUUCUUACAUUUUCAAUCAUACAUUAUUAGUAUGCUGUAUAAUACCAAAUGUCUUUUCUGGGCGGGAUUAAAAAUGUUAUUCGGGGUUAUUACUUUUGUCAAAUUACAAUCCUUGGAACAUGCACAAUUUUUUCAAAAUUAUGUUUCCUCUGCUUCUUGGAACACAGUAACACUUAAAACAAUGAGACUCAAAAGCUGACAGGUUUUUAACUGCUGUAAUUGAAUUACGCUGAUUUCUCGCUGGCUCUUUUUUUUCAGAUCUAUUUGCCGCAGCUGCAUCCUAUCUGAUAUAUUUAAUUACACUCCUUUUUUUUCAAAGAAAAGUCUGAGUACGAGUUGGGUUAUAAGGUGAUUCAACUGAUUACUCCGCUCCUUACAGUAUUAUAAUGAUAAUGUAGAACUGUCGUAUCCAUUCUGUCCUACUGUUUUCUCUCCAAUUGGAAAGCAAAAAACAACAACCCAAAAAAAAAUUCUCAUAAAGGAGAGUGAAACUUGAGAUACAGUACUGUAUUUGUAUUUUCCAUACUGUACUUUAUUAUAAAAGUGUCUGUAGACUCCUGUUGUCCAAAUAAAAGCGUAGGUGAUGUUUA